AUGGACAUGGCUGUCAUGCUUUCCAGCUGCUCCAAGGUUGGGGUCAGCGGUGCCAGUCACGUAGGCCUACUCUCGUGCCCGCGCACCUGCCCAUCUGCCCAGCAGAUUCCGGCAGUCUCCCUCGACUCAAGGCCUGCGAGCGCCCCAGUCCCCGACGACGUCCCUGCGAGCAAGAGCGCCUCCCCAAGACCCCUGGAAAGGCCCCCGGGGCCGUGCACACCGCCGGGGCUGGAGGAGGCGCUGAGCGCUCUGGGGCUGCAUGGAGAACGCGAGUACGCUGGGGACAUCUUUGCGGAGGUCAUGGUGUGCCGCGUGCUGCCCCAGAGGGCCCUGCCCUGCACUGUGACCCCGGAGAUGCGAGCGCUAGUGGUGGACUGGCUGGUCCAGGUGCACGAGUACCUGGGUCUGGCGGGGGACACGCUCUACCUGGCUGUGCACCUGCUCGAUUCCUACCUGCGGUCAGGCCGGGUGCGCCUCCACCGCCUUCAGUUGCUGGGCAUGGCCUGCCUGUUCCUAGCUUGCAAAAUGGAAGAGUGUGUGCUUCCCGAGCCUGCCUCCCUCUGCCUCCUGGGUGCUGGCUCCUUCUCCCAGGUCGAGCUUUUGCGAGCUGAGCGCCGCAUUCUGAGCCGCUUGGAUUUUCGGCUGCACCACCCAGGCCCACUCCUCUGCCUGGAGCUACUGGGUGCGCUGGCAGGGAGCAACCCCCAGGUGAUGCUACUUGCCACCUACUUCCUGGAGCUGUCUCUGCUGGAGGCUGAGGCAGCUGGGUGGGAGCCUGGUCGCUGCGCAGCUGCUGCACUGAGUCUGGCGCACCGUGUGCUCGACGGGGUGGGCUCUGGCUCUGGACCAGAGCUGGCGCUUUAUAGCCCCUCGGAGCUGGGCCCGCUGGAGCUAUGCAUGGUCCGUGCCGCGCUCCGAGGUCCCGCGCCAGGCUGUGCUGCCAUCUUCCUCAAGUAUGCUCGGCCUCAACGUCAGGGUACCAGCCUCGCUGCCGCCCGCCUGCUCCGCUACAUCCAGCCCCGGCUGUCCUGAGUCCUGAGAACCCAGCAAAAAAGA